UUCUUUACGGCAAACGCUGCAAAUACUUAUGCUGUUGAUGCAUCAAUUACCCAAUCAGUCUCUUCUUGGGCAUGUGCUAAAAACGAAAUUUUUGGCAGAGCAAUUAUUGAGUGUUACGUCGAAGACUGCAGCAGUCCCGGCGGUGCUGUCUCCUCCUACUGUCUCUCCAAUUAUAACAACGCUCUAGCUGCUGGCUACAAGUAUAUUGAUUUAUAUGCCUUUCCUUGCACAGGCUACACUAGCUGCAAAUCACCUACGACACAAGUCAAUGAACUAGUUAACUUUGUAAGUAGCAAUCACAUGGUAGUACAGACCAUCUGGCUUGACUUUGAAAAGUCAUCAGCUUGUACCUCUAACUGGAACCUCGGAUCGGCAGGUAAUAUUGCCUUAGCAAAACAAUUCACAAAUGCUACCAAAGCAACCGGGUUGAACUGGGGUAUCUAUUCAUCAAAUGGUAAUUGGAAGAACCUCUUCGGUAGCGCAGAUGCCAUCGUUGACAGUAGCUUUAAGGUUUGGUACGCGAACUUUGAUAAUCAAGACAACUACAAUGAUUGGUCUAGUGGAAACGCUUUUGGUGGGUUCAUAAGCCCUUCUGGAAAGCAAUAUUCUAAUGGAAGUGUCACUUAG